AUGUCAGCCCUGGCAGCCAGACGAGCUGCCGCUCUUCUUGCCUCUCAAACUUCUACUCCAUCAACUUCGAAAGCUCCAUCCCCCGGGCCCAGUGCAGCUUCUUCACCUUCUCCCGAAAUUUUGGAGAGCGAUUCAGCUGAAGAAGGAAGCACCCCUCCUCCCCUCCCACCACCUGCCAACAAGAAGAGAAAACUGCGUAAAUCAUCUCCACCACCAUCGCUUCCUCGUCAGUCACAAUACCACGAUAGCUCACUUUCGACGAUCACAAACCCUGAACCUGCAAUAAGAAAAUCAAAUAGGAAAAGACGAUUUUCACCAUCUGCACCUGCCGAGGAGCCCGAGAUAGUAUUUGAGGAUGGUAGUGAUACGUCCGUAGGAGAUAGUGAUGCAGAUCUAGCCGAUGAAGGCAUGAACGAUGUAGAUGAAGGUAGAGCUCAAUGGAGUGUUCCUGUAACUUCUAUCGAUUCAACUCCUGGUCCAUCAAGGAUCAAGACAAAACACGCCAUACAGGAUAAUAUCAAUAUCGACAAUACGUCGAAAAUCAUUCCGCUGGAGAACAUCAAUCUAUACAAAGUAUCGCAAGAUGACUUACGGUUAGCUGGACUGAAAGAUGAUUAUGCGGGAGAUGGGAUGAUCAUAAGUCUAGCCAAAGAAGAGACUCUGAUCAUUGCCGGUACAUACAUCUUGACCCCCUUGUCCGGAAGCAUAUCUAUAUCUUCCUGUACUCUCACUUGCGAUGGCUCAUCAUACCCCGUCUUCGCUCCUACCUCCCAUCCUAUACCCGUCAUCUCGCCGGUCUCUGCCAGAACGAAUCUGGGAGCUGUAUCCUGGCUCAACAAGCUCAAAUUACCCAAAGGUUUCAGAAAGGGUGAAAUACUAUUUCUAAUCAGGCAGAAUACUUGCGGUAUAGACGGAUUGAGAUAUGGUGCUGUACCGGGAUUCGCUCAUAUAUGGUUGGAAGAGGUAGGAAGUUGGGGUCUCAAGGGUGUUCAUCCUGUGAUUGGAUCAUUUUCCACUCCCAUAUAUCCUCAUAUAACUCCACCAACAUGGUCCGAAGCUCUAUCUUCCCUCUCAUCAAAUGAGGAAGAUAGUGAACGACCAUUUGUAGGGCUUAUCAAAGGUCCAAAGCGAUCUGGUAAAUCCACUUUGGGACGAGCGUUACUGAAUAAUCUUCUGGAGAAGUACGAGAGGGUGGCUUGGUUGGAAUGUGAUCUGGGUCAAGGCGAGUUCAGUGCGGGUGGUAUAGUAGGAUUAUGGGUUUUGGACAAACAAGUUUUAGGUCCCUCAUUCACCCAUCCAUCAAUACCUUAUCGAGCCCAUUAUUUAGGCACAUACACGCCUCUCACUUGUCCAGAUGAGUACAUCACCUCCCUCAAACAUUUAUUGGAAGUUUACAAAUUCGAUAUCCAACAUUCACUUUCCGCCUCUACUUCUACCACCACAAACAAAAUCAACGAUCAAGUACCAUUAGUGGUCAACACUCAAGGAUGGGUAAAAGGUCUAGGUGAAGAACUUUUACAGUCCAUUGAAGGGAUGUCUGAACCUACACAUAUCUAUUCAUUCUCUUCUCCAUAUGAAGAGGAACAGCAGUAUACCAAUACGAAUGGAUGGACGAAUUCACCAGUAUAUCCAACAAGCCUAUUACCCGAUCCAUACUCGAAUGAAAAUGUACAGGUCAAGCAGAUCAUACUUGAAUCAGCACCUAUCACACCCCUUCAAGCUAGGUUCUCUGCUGCUGAUCUGAGAGUAUUAUCAAUCUUAUCGUACUUCUACAGUUCCAUCUCGCCGGAAGGAGUUGAGUGGGACUUCGCUAAACCGCUUACAUACCUUAACCCGUGGGAGGUAGAGUACGGUACGGAUACGAACAAAGCGAUUAAUAGGAUAUACAUGAAAGGAGAAGGUAGUGAAGGUGUCUUGAGUGAAGAUCUGGGUAUAGCAUUGAAUGGGUCGAUCGUCGCUUUGAUCGAGUUCAUCAACCCGAUGUCUAUGGUCGAAGAUGGAGAUGAAGAUCAGGUUUAUGCACAAGGUAGAUCACCGCCGGAAUUGGAUUCGAUAAAUUUCCUAGGAUUAGGUUUAAUACGAUAUAUUCAACCUUCUUCUUUGGCCUUGUUAGAUGGUAAGAUUCACCUCCUGACUCCUCUUUCUCCGGAAGUACUGGGUAGAUGUAAAGGGUUGAUCAAGAAUGGUGCUAUCGAAUUACCAACUGCGGGAUUGCUAGAUUGGUCAAAAUCAAAUUCUUCGACUCAAGGAGAGGGUGAAGAAGGGGAGAUACCGUUCUUUGAUAAGAGUGGGAUCGAAGUUGUCGGAGGGGAGAGAAGGAGAUGGAGGAAGAAUAUAAUGAGGAAAGGGAUGUAG